CGGCAUGGCAGCGAACGAACAGGAAGCACAGAUCAAGGAUGUAAUCAACAGGCUCCAAGAACCUGUCCCUGAUCUUCCAACAUUACUCGACUUGCUAUGUGGGCCCUUGGACGCUCUCCACUUGCUCCCUCCCCCGUUCAGAAUAUAUUGCGUUCAUGCAAUCUCGAACGAUGUCCCUGCUGUCGUGAAGCACCUACCUGCCCUUCAAAGGGCCAUCCUGCAAGUCGUUUUUCCUACGUGGGAUCAAGUCUUACUCGACGAAAAUGCUGUUUUGCUAGCUAUGCAGUACUUUUGCCCCGAUGCGUUCUUCUUUGCCUUGGAUACGGCUGGCGCAGUGGCCUUGCAUGCUUUCUCGACCAUCUUGUCGUGCCCCAUUGAUAAGUUCUCCGUCCGCAUACUCUCCAGGCUGGCAAAGGAGUAUCCAAUCGACAGGUUACAUGCAGCCGUGUUUGCUAAGCCUGGUGCAUCCUGUGGACCAUCCAGGUACUCCAUCGACUGGGAUGACUGCCUUAAAAACUACUUUGCUAUUCCUAGCAAAGUCGCCAACGCGCUCGAGGGACACGGCUUGCCCCAGGAGCUGGAAUUCACGACAUACAUGAUUCAAGCAUGCGUACGAACUGAGGUAUUAAUUUAUUCAUUGUCGAAAACUUCGCAAGGAGACGAAUCGCCUGACCUAACGUCUCUCUUCAUCAAGCUGGCCAACAAUGGCUUAUUUCCGUCUCUAGCUUCUUCAACACCCGUGUCAUUUUUUGACGCUACUCUAACUCAGAUACGUGGGCGACUGAUAGAGGACAGUAGUGGGCGCUACUCUUCAAAGUGGAGUAGCGUACUACAUUCUAUUCCUUCAGCAUUGACCCAAAACAACGUAUUCACGUCCUUGUUCCUUGCCCUAUCUGAACCACAACAGCUUCUAGACGACUCAUCUUUCAGCCGAGGUGCCGUGCACAGAGAAGCUGUUUUGCUUUGCCAGCUAUGUGGGCCUCUAGUGCCUUCCGAAAAUAUGUGGGAAACCGUUAUUGCAGUGAUUACAUCUCGCAAUUGGACAGAAGGCCAUGCGAGGAUCUUUGUUUGCUGGGCCGCUAUCUCACAAAAGCAAAGCAAGGGAGGAGAAGGUCUAUCGCAGUUCAUGAUGCGAAUACUUGAAGUUUGGUCGACUUCAAAUCACAUCAAGCAUUCACUACUUUCUCGACACCAAUAUUACACAGCGUUGCUGGCCUUAGCUGUUUCGUACUUUCCAGCUGGAUCAACAGAAGUGACUUCGGUAGCAAUGUCGCCUGCAUUCAUCUCUGCUAUUGGCAAGUAUAUCAGUCACCUUGACCAAAACGUACGCCGGUGUGGAAUGCUUGUAGCCGAGAUUGUUGCAGCUCAAGCUGGCAAAAAACUGGACUUUGGAGACUGGGAUGGGGAACUAGACGGACGCUCCUGGGCUCGGCAACUUAGAACACUGUGCGCACGUCGCGAUGUUGAUGUAGAUCCUCUUGUUCCCGAGUUGAGAAGCGGCUUGGAUGAGACCAUACCCCAUGGUCUGGAGGCUGAACACGAUCCACGGUCUCGGGCUGCGACGGAAUCACUGGUGGCUUCGUCCCACAGGGAGCCGAGCAUAAUCGUAACGCAGUCGGGUUACGAUUCAGAUGAUUCUCUUACAGGAUACCAAUCAUCAAAUUCUUCGCGCUCACCUUCCCCUACGCAGUCUGAACUAGAUGAACUCGAGCGAGAUCCAACCCUUCGCAUCGGAGAAAAGAAAAUUCUCCGUCCUGUAUAUCUUGCGCAGCUAGCCGAAAUGGUUCGCAGCCCUGGCGGAACGAAGCCCCCGGAACCUGCUGAGGAAGUUAAUAAACUGAGGAUGGCCCUCGAUACUGGGGAAGAGCUUAUAAGAAAGAAGAGAAAUUAUGGGACUGAGCUAAAGGAGAAUGCGGUCAGUCUUGUCUAUGGGUUUGUUGGCCUGCAAGACAACUACGAUCUACCCGAGUUCGAGAUCAAGAGGCAGCGGAUAGCGAAUGCCUUGGUUGCUUGUUGUCCACAAGUCGUCGCACCAUGCGUGAUCGAGGAGUUUUUCAAGAACCAGUACUCAGUGCAACAACGUUAUGUUAUGUUGAAUGCCCUGGCUAUGGGGGCACGAGAGCUUGCUUCUUUACCGAUUACUUCGAAAGAGCUGCAGCCUUUAUCAGACCCGAAGAUGUCCUUUCCUAGCAAGAUGCUCCCUCCGGCUGCCCAUCAAAAGUAUAUAUCUGCCUCUCGGAAUGGUGGAACAAUGCAGGACCUUGUAGAGAGCAUCACAUCUUUGGCUGUUGGAAAAACCCAGGAUUCCUCUCAAGCUAUUCCUGCAACCGUUAUGCGCGAAAGACAACUAAGGACACGUAAGCCUGCAGCUGUAGCCCAGGUCUUAUCAUCAAGUACAGGACGACAAACAGGCUCAGACUCCUCCAAGGCGACCACAUUCACGGACGUUGCUUCUGAGUACUUCAUCAUGCCCUUCAUCAACCGUUUCUGGUUGUUCCUUCAGACUGAAAGAACGAGGGAGGAACGAACGGCACAUCGUGAAACAUUGCAUCAAUACCGCGGUGCGGGGACUGGACUCGUGCUGAGUCCUGCCGUGUUGACCCACUUCUUGCGCUCCCUGACCAUUCUCAUACAUGCUGCCCAGAAUGCGCCUCAAUGGUUGUCCAUAAUUACUCCAAAUGCGUUGGAACUUGCAUUAGCGCUCAGUGCUCGCUCAAUACUGACGCCUUCUGAUGUUGCUAAAGACGAGGACGGAGAGAACGGCGAAGAAGACGAGGCCUCUGUAUUGACCUCGGCGUUGGAGCUGGUGCUCAUCGUUCUGGACGGGAGCUUGGAUCUUGAUCGGGGGAGAUCACUGAGCCUUGAGAAUACAACCCUGCUGCUGGGCGUCAAUGACUGGGCCGAGAAAGUCUUUGCCAUCUUGGAUAAAGGAGUAUUGCUGAAAGGUGGAGGUGGGGCGCAGGAAAUAAAGUUACGGCGGGCACUAUCUGGAGUCUUGUUAAAGAUCAACGAGAUUACUUCGACCUGGGGGAGGUCUAUGGUAGAUAUUCGAUAGAUUCGAUGGUGUAAGGACCUGCAUGCUUGUGCAAU